UCAGUUGGCAGACCAUUUCGAUACGAAAUCCAGACAAAAAGGGUCUGGACUCUGGAAGGUUUUUAGGGCUCUAAUCGACAACUCCUUGGGAGAGAGAUAGAGCGAGAGAGAUUUCAAAAGGUCAGUGUGUGUGUGUGAGUCUCGUUCGAAUUCCUGGUUUGUGGCAAUGAAUGAAUCUUAGGGUAUUUUAAAGUUUCUUUUGUUUCUUAUCGGAGAGAUUCCGUGUGCCCAGAAAAUGAUGAUUUGGUGUUUGAUGAUAUUUGUGUGUGAGAAAGAGAUGUGCUUCUUGUGGUUUGCAGGAGCAAGAGUCGAAGAGACGAGUGUGAGAGAUUUAACUUAAGAGGGAGAGAAGAGAGAUAGAGAGAGACGAGAGGUUUCCUGAGAGUGUUGUUAGGGUUUCGAUUCCUCUCCAGAUCUACACAUUUGUUUGCUCAUCUCAUGGAACGGAAGCUUGUGGUUUUGGGUAUCCCGUGGGAUAUUGAUUCCGAUGGGCUUAAGGAUUACAUGUCGAAAUUUGGAGACUUGGAGGAUUGUAUUGUCAUGAAGGAUCGAUCAACUGGAAGAUCUCGUGGAUUUGGAUAUGUGACUUUUGCUUCAGCUGAAGAUGCAAAGAACGCUUUGAAAGGUGAACACUUUUUGGGGAACAGAAUCUUGGAAGUAAAAGUGGCUACACCAAAGGAAGAGAUGAGACAGCCUGCAAAAAAGGUGACAAGGAUCUUUGUUGCUCGAAUCCCUCCAUCAGUCUCUGAAUCAGAUUUCCGAAGCCAUUUUGAGAGGUACGGGGAGAUAACAGACUUAUACAUGCCUAAGGACCACAACUCGAAGCAACACCGAGGAAUUGGGUUUAUAACAUUCGCUAGUGCUGAUUCAGUGGAGGAGCUGAUGGAAGACACUCAUGAUCUGGGAGGUUCAACGGUUGCUGUUGAUCGAGCGACACCAAAGGAGGAUGAUCAUCAUCCUCCGAGGCCACCACCAGCGGCUAGAAUGCCGCGCCCACCUGUGGCUGUUCCAGGAGGAUUUGGAGCUCCAGGUGGUUAUGGAGCUUAUGAUGCUUACAUUUCUGCUGCUACAAGAUACGCAGCUCUUGGUGCUCCUACUCUGUAUGAUAAUCCGGCCUCAUUUUAUGGAAGAGGGGAACCAGCGAGGGGAAUAGGAAAUAAGAUCUUUGUUGGACGGCUUCCUCAAGAAGCAUCCGUUGAUGAUCUUCGCGAUUAUUUUGGGAGAUUUGGCCGUAUUCAGGAUGCAUAUAUUCCAAAGGACCCAAAGAGAAGUGGACAUAGAGGUUUCGGAUUCGUUACCUUUGCUGAAAAUGGUGUUGCAGAUCGUGUAGCCCGGAGAUCUCAUGAAAUCUGUGGACAAGAGGUAGCAAUAGAUUCAGCAACACCGCUUGAUGAAGCUGGACCUAGCGCCGGUGGAAAUUCCAUGUUAAGUUCUUCUCGUCCUGAAUAUUUUGGUGGCUAUGGAGGUCCAGUGCGCUCUUUUGGUCGGAUGUAUGGAGGCAUGAGUUUGGACGAUUGGGGAUAUGGAAUGCCGAAUGCAAGACCAUCAAGAUCAGACUGGAGGUACCGGCCAUACUAAUGCACCAGACGAACUUCUCAUUAGCUUUGGCUUUGGCUUGGUCAUUCAUAUAAACUCGACUUGUGUCAGAUAUAUGUUUCAAAAUUUCUCAGGAUCAAUUGUAUUGAAGCUUUUAUGCUUUUACUUGGGAACAAGUUAAACUGGUUUGUGAUGGUAUUAUGCAGAGAAGUGAAAAUUGGAACAGAUAAAGCUUUACAAGAAAA